UUCCAGUACGUGGGCACGCGGAGGUGCGCGUGGAGUUACAAAUGGAGCGGUGGGCGGCGCGCGGCGGCUCGGUGCGGCUCCGCUGCGUGCACGACGUGCCGCCCCAUCUCCUUGACAAAGUGGUCUUCCUCCGACACGGCACCAAAAUCUUCCAGUACAUUAGGGACCGGAAACCGCCUUAUAGAAACUUUACUACGCCCGGAGCCGUGCUCAACAUCGCCUUAGCUACGGAAAACUCUAUAAUCCUGCAGAACUUGGAUUUUGCUGCGAGUGGCAGCUACUCGUGCGAGGUGUCACUCGACACUCCUAUAUACACAAAAGCCUCCACUGAAAAACAGCUCACAGUAUUCCAUCCGCAAAAGCAUCACCCUAGGAUCGACUUCCCGACACGCUACCUCAGCUUCGGAGAAACUCUUCGAGCAAACUGCACCACAGCGCCUGCGGUUCCAGCCCCACAUAUAACAUGGUUCAUCAAUGGCAGAAAGAUGGACGAGUUAGUAGCCCACUCACACAAGUUUCGCGUACCGAUGAGUGAACGCAAUGGACGCCGAGGCUUACAGCGAAGCUUCGAGUACGACACUGGCAUCAGCAGCCCUCCUCCAUUGUUAACCCUUACACACGCCUCUCACGUGGCUACGAGACCACCCGGCUGCAGCUUAAAAGAAAAUCAGAUGGCCGAAGUAAAAGAACAUGAAGAGGUAAAUGUUAUUCAUAUGAGCAGUCGACACAAGAGUCGUAAACCCAGCAAGAGAGAUCUGUAUGUGACCGUGUCGGAGCUACAAAUAGUGGCGACUGGAAGACUGGAAAUUACUUGCGUCAGCACGAUACCAGAGUUUAGAAGUAUCGAAGACAGGUUCGCCGAUGUCAGAAACGAUACAGUUAUAGUUGACGUCAUCAAGCCUUCAACCCUGUCACAGCCGUCUGCCAACUUAACAAUGGCUGACUCCAGUACAUCAGGAUCAUCGGAUAUUCCUCCAAAUCUAAUUCCAUCUCUAAUGUAUAUUAUAAUUAUAUACUUGCUCACGAUUGCUUGA